GUGGAAUUGGCUGCAUCAUGUCUGACCUGCCACAAGAAAAUGAUUUAGCUGAUAUUAAGCAACAUGGUGCCAACCAUGACUGUCGUACAUGUAAUAUUGAGGGCCAAAAUUCCAAAGCAGAUAAGGAACAACUAGCAGUGGAGUAUGGAUUGGUUAAGCUGGGACUAUUAAGGAUACUUAAAUGGGACCAGCAUACCCAAACACCACAAGAUGCAUACCAUUUCUUGGCUGAAAAAGCACAUACUCUUUUAGAGGUGAUAUUUAAUGUGUUUAAUCUAAAUGGUGAAAAUGCUUUUCUAAAACAUUGGAAAGAUAUAGAGAAACCUACCAAUUGGUAUCGAAUGCCUAAUCCCUUACGACACCAUCAAAGUUUCAUAUUCUCCGAU